AUGAAUUUUAACGAAGAAUUGAUUUCGAAUGAUCUGUUUUUAACGCCGGACGGCAUUCCGUUCGUGAUGUAUGACAGUCUCUACGACGAAAAUCACCGGGAUCACGACAGUCGGAUAAUACUGCUCACGACGAACUAUAAUUUUGAAUUACUGCGUAAAUGUAACUAUUGGCUCGGUUUCGGAUAUCAGUUCAAUUUCGGAUACUUGUUCACCAUCAAUGUCGUGUUGGAUCUAGAUACGGUCUCGGUGGUGUACGUGAUUAUACCAAACUCAUCGCUGGAUUCCUUCAAACUCUUGUUCAAGACGCUCAAACGGUACCUCCCGCCAUCGAGCUAUCCCGUUUCGUUCAUAUUCGCCGCGGAUGAACUUGCCGGUUUAUCAGCCCUUAAACUCGCGUUUCCCAAUGUCUCGAUAAGACCCAGCAUGGUACAUUUUUCAAACGUGAUUUGGGACAGGCUUUAUAAUGAGACGAAUCUUCCCGAUAUGUUGGGUUCUAAUCUAAAAAUAAAAUUAGAUCAGCUGAUGACACUGACAUACUCACCGGUCGAUGAUAUUGUAAAAAAUUACGAACGCCUGCUGGCCUCCGAAUACUUCACGACACAUGCCGAAUUACUUGAAGUUGUGAUACAUUUUUUCGAAGAGAGGUAUAUUGGUAGGCGUACCAGACCAGGCUACAAUAUGAGGGCUGAACCAAAAUACCCAUUGGAGGUUUGGCAUUGCGGUCCAGCUAACAGACUGAGAAACGAAGAAUUUGAUAACAGGAUAAAUCAGUGGUAUAAAAUGUAUACCGAUUUCCUAAACGGGAACCUACCUAAUAGCCUAAGUGAACUGGUGCGUUUACUAAAAUCCGAUAACCAUCUUAACAAAGAGCAAGUGGAGAGUAUGUUAUUCGAAAUCAACAGAUUCCAUGAAGAGAUCGCCAUAUCAAUAAACGGUCGUGGUACAUAG